CUGAGAGGAUCUUAAACCAAAAGCAUGACGCUUAUUUAUUUAUUUUCCCCUGCCAAUCUUCAUACUCGGCAAACUGGAGUAACCCCACUGCGGUAACUUUUGACACGCUCAGCACUCCUUUGCUGCAGAGACCAAUGCUUGACGUUAAUGGAUCCACAUCAAGUUUCCAAGUGAGAAAAUAAUGUGUGUAAAAAUGUCAUGAUAAAUAUUCCUCUAUUACAACAGAGUGUCCAACAAGUACUGACUCAUUCCUUACGCCAUGUGAUGUCAAUGAUGAAGUGAAACUCGCGGGUUUAGUCGCAACAUACGGGCAAGGGGAGAAAGGGAAAGAAACGCUUUCACGGGUGAGGUAUUUAUUUGGAUGCAUGUAAUUCUAUAAAGUCGAUAAUUACAGACUAAUAAUGAAAGUUUGACUAGCUGGUUCGACAGGGACAUAGCAGGGCUUGGUUUUAUGUAUGAUCGUCUGAUUGUGACGUUAUUUUCUUUGAGAGGUUUUUGGAGAGCUUCUGGAACUGAGAGCCACUGAAGCAAAGAUGACAGUAUCCAGUUUGUGUACAUCCAGGGCUGAAGCAUUCCACCUGCAGAUCAACUACCAUUAAAGUGAAUGGGAAUGCUUAUGGAUAGCUCUGUGCAGGAUCCAAUGGUGAGCAAGUGAUAUAAUUCUAAGUUUCACCAAAUCCGUUCAGAUGAAGAAACAAACUCAUCUAUAUCUUAGAUGGUCUAAAGACAUAAUACCAGCCACUUCUGAAGAGCAGCAGGGCCUCUAAAAUGAGUUUCUAUGAGAAGAGAAAGGGAGCUGUUUCUGCUCAGACCAAAAGGGCGGGAAAUCCAGAACCCAGCUGUGUGUCUAUGAAGAGUGAUGUAUCUAUGGGCAUGCCACCUGAAUUCAGUGGUGAAGCAGUGAACCCUGACCCCAAGUGUUUGUUGCAGGUUUUUUCCAGAUGUGGAGUGUGUGAGCAGGUUCUGAGAGAUCCAGUCUCAAUUACCUGUAAACAUAGUUUCUGCAGACAGUGUAUCAGCUGCUACUGGGAUAAGUUCAGUCAAUCAGAAGACUUUGACUGCCCUCAAUGCAAGAAGAGGUCUAUAAUACGUCCUGUUCUACAAACAUAUAAAGUCUCGGGAGGAUCCAGUUCUGCUCUCUGUUACACAAACCUGCAGCAGGAUUCUCUGGUGGACGAUGUCCUGCAGAGAGUCAAAGAGAAACACAAAACCAGCAUGAGGAACAAGUAUGAGUGCUUAUUUGAGGGAAUCAAACUACAGGAGAAUCAAACACUCCUUAACAGGAUCUACACACAGCUUUGUAUCAUAGAGGGAGAAAGUGAAGGGGUGAAUGAGGAACAUGAAGUGUUACGGAUGGAGAAAACAGCCAGAACACAACAUUCACAAAACACUCAAAUCCACUGUAAUGACAUCUUUAAAUCCUUACCCGAACAAGGAUGUGAGGGGAAGAGAAAAAAGAUGGAUGACAAAAUAAAGAUUGUUCUUACUAAAGGAGUCGCUGGAAUUGGAAAAACAGUCUCUGUGCAGAAGUUCAUUCUGGACUGGGCUGAGGGAAAAGCCAAUCAGGAUGUAGAUUUCAUGUUUGUGCUUCCAUUUCGAGAGCUGAACUUGAUUAAAGAUGAUCAGUACAGUAUUCACAAAAUUCUGCUUGACUUUCUUCAUGAACUUCAAGAUCUGGACUCAAAGAUUUAUGAUGAAUGUAAAGUUGUGUUCAUCUUCGAUGGUCUGGAUGAAAGCCGAAUUACACUAAGGUUUUCAGACAGUGAGGUGGUUUCUGAUAUAAAUAAGUCUUCAUCAGUUGGUGUAUUGAUGUCAAACAUCAUCAGAGGAGAGCUGCUUCCCUCUGCUCACAUCUGGAUCACCUCCAGACCAGCAGCAGCCAAACUAAUCCCCUCCACAUACAUCAACCUUGUGACAGAAAUUCAGGGAUUCAGUGACCCUCAGAAGGAGGAAUAUUUCAGGAAGAGGAUCAGUGAUCAGCAUCAAGCCAGCAGAAUCAUCUCACACAUCAUAAGAUCAAGAAGCCUCCACAUCAUGUGCCACAUACCGGUCUUCUGCUGGAUCUCAUCCACUGUGCUUCAGAACAUCCUGGAACAAGAUGACAGUGCAGAAAUCCCUCAAACUCUGACUGAAAUGUACAUCCACUUUCUGCUCAUUCAGAUAAACCUAAGGAAUCAGAAGUAUGAUGAGAGAGAUCCUGGAAAACACUGGCAGUCCAACAGAGACGUGAUUUUGAAACUUGCUGAACUGGCUUUCAAACAGCUGAAGAAAGGCAAUAUCAUGUUCUAUGAGGAGGAUCUGAAAGAGUGCGACAUAGAUGUCAUUGACGCUUCAGUGUAUUCUGGGAUUUGCACAGAGAUAUUUAAGGAGGAAUCUGUGAUUCAUCAGAGGAAAGUUUACUGCUUCAUUCAUCUGAGCUUUCAGGAGUUUCUUGCCGCUAUUUAUGUGUUUUAUUGUUAUGUAAUUAACACUGUGGAGGUACUAAGGUUUUUUGAUUCUCUGCAUAAUUUGCUCAGAGGAGCAGUAGAUAAAGCCUUAGAAAGCGAGAAUGGACACCUGGAUCUUUUCCUCCGGUUCCUGCUGGGCAUCUCACUGGACUCCAAUCAGAAACUCUUACAGGAUCUACUGACCAACACUCACAGCUGCUCAAGGAGCAUUGAGAAAACAACUGCUUAUAUUAAAGACAAAAUUAAACUUGGACAUAACCUUUCAGCUGACAGAUCCAUCAAUCUUUUUCUUUGUCUCUUUGAAAUGAAAGAUCAGACUCUGCACAGAGAGAUCCAGGAGUUUCUGAAAUCAGACAAACACUCAGAGAAGAAACUCUCUUCUGCACUUUGCUCAACAAUCGCCUACAUGUAUCAGAUGUCAGAAGAUGUGCUGGAGGAACUUGAUCCCAAGAAAUUUAAUACAUCAGAAGAAGGUGGAAAAAAACUCUUACCAGCUGUGAAAAACUGCAGAAAAUCUCUUCUUGCUGACUGUAAUCUCACUGAUAAAUCCUGUGAAAUUGUGGCCUCAGCUCUACAAUCAUCAAACUCUGUCCUGAGAGAGCUGGACCUGAGUAACAAUGACUUGCAGGAUUCAGGAGUGAAGCUUCUCUCUGAUGGACUGAAGAGUCCAAACUGUCAACUAGAGAAACUGAGAUUGUCUGGCUGUAUGGUGACAGAGGAAGGCUGUUAUUGUCUGGCCUCAGCUCUGAGUUCCAACCCCUCACACCUGAGAGAGCUGGAUCUCAGCUACAAUCACCCUGGACACUCCGGAGUAAAGAUGCUCUCUGAUCGACUGAACCAUCCAAACUGCAUACUGGAGAUACUUAAUUUUGACCAUGGAGAGUCCUUCAGAAUCACACCAGGACUGCGGAAAUGUAAAGAAGUUGAGAAGGUCAACUCAUACAAGUACUUGGGUACAGUUAUUGACGAUAAGCUAAGCUGGCCAGAACACAACAUUCACUCAAAUCCCAUGUUUGUGCUUCCAUUUCGAGAGCUGAACUUGAUCCGAAAUCAUCAGUACAAUCUUCACAGACUUCUGCUGGACUUUCAUCCUGAACUUCAAGAUCUGGACUCAAAGAUUUAUGAUGAAUGUAAAGUUGUGUUCAUCUUCGAUGGUCUGGAUGAAAGCCGAAUUACACUAAGGUUUUCAGACAGUGAGGUGGUUUCUGAUAUAAAUAAGUCUUCAUCAGUUGGUGUAUUGAUGUCAAACAUCAUCAGAGGAGAGCUGCUUCCCUCUGCUCACAUCUGGAUCACCUCCAGACCAGCAGCAGCCAAUCAAAUCCCUUCAAAAUACAUCAACCGGGUGACUGAAAUUCAGGGAUUCAAUGACCCUCAGAAGGAGGAAUAUUUCAGGAAGAGGAUCAGUGAUCAGCAUCAAGCCAGCAGAAUCAUCUCACACAUCAUAAGAUCAAGAAGCCUCCACAUCAUGUGCCACAUACCGGUCUUCUGCUGGAUCUCAUCCACUGUGCUUCAGAACAUCCUGGAACAAGAUGACAGUGCAGAAAUCCCUCAAACUCUGACUGAAAUGUACAUCCACUUUCUGCUCAUUCAGAUAAACCUAAGGAAUCAGAAGUAUGAUGAGAGAGAUCCUGGAAAACACUGGCAGUCCAACAGAGACGUGAUUUUGAAACUUGCUGAACUGGCUUUCAAACAGCUGAAGAAAGGCAAUAUCAUGUUCUAUGAGGAGGAUCUGAAAGAGUGCGACAUAGAUGUCAUCGACGCCUCAGUGUAUUCUGGGAUUUGCACCGAGAUAUUUAAGGAUGAAUCAGUGAUUCAUCAGAGGAAAGUCUACUGCUUCAUACAUCUGAGCUUUCAGGAGUUUCUUGCUGCUAUUUAUGUGUUCUAUUGUUAUGUAAUUAACACUGUGGAGGAACUAAGGUUUUUUGAUUCCCUGCAUAAUUUGCUCAGAGGAGCAGUAGAUAAAGCCUUAGAAAGCGAAAAUGGACACCUGGAUCUUUUUCUCCGGUUCCUGCUGGGCAUCUCACUGGACUCCAAUCAGAAACUCUUACAGGAUCUACUGACCAACACUCACAGCUGCUCAAGGAGCAUUGAGAAAACAACUGCUUAUAUUAAAGACAAAAUUAAACUUGGACAUAACCUUUCAGCUGACAGAUCCAUCAAUCUUUUUCUUUGUCUCUUUGAAAUGAAAGAUCAGACUCUGCACAGAGAGAUCCAGGAGUUUCUGAAAUCAGACAAACACUCAGAGAAGAAACUCUCUUCUGCACUUUGCUCAACAAUCGCCUACAUGUAUCAGAUGUCAGAAGAUGUGCUGGAGGAACUUGAUCCCAAGAAAUUUAAUACAUCAGAAGAAGGUCGCAGAAAACUCUUACCAGCUGUGAAAAACUGCAGAAAAGCUCUUCUUGCUGAUUGUAAUCUCACUGAUAAAUCUUGUGAAAUCGUGGCCUCAGCUCUACAAUCAUCAAACUCUGUCCUGAGAGAGCUGGACCUGAGUAACAAUGACUUGCAGGAUUCAGGAGUGAAGCUUCUCUCUGAUGGACUGAAGAGUCCAAACUGUCAACUAGAGAAACUGAGAUUAUCUGGCUGUAUGGUGACAGAGAAAGGCUGUUGUUGUCUAGCCUCGACGCUGAGUUCCAACCCCUCACACCUGAGAGAGCUGGAUCUCAGUUACAAUCACCCUGGACAUUCAGGAGUCAAGAUGCUCUCUGAUCGACUGAACCAUCCAAACUGCAAACUGGAGAUACUCAAUUUUGACCAUGGAGAGUCUUUCAGAAUCACACCAGGACUGCGGAAAUAUGCCUGUGUUCUCACAUUUGAUCAAAAUACAGUAAACACUCAUCUCAUUCUAUCUGAGAACAACAAAAAGGCAACAUAUUUGGAAGAGGAGCAGCCAUAUCCUGAUCAUCCAGAAAGAUUUGAGCACUACGAGCAAGUUCUGUGUAGAGAGAGCCUGACUGGACGCUGUUACUGGGAGGCUGAAUGGAGUGGCUGGAGUCAUAUAGCAGUCACAUAUCGAGGUAUCAACAGGAAAGGAGGGAGCGACUGCAGGUUUGGACUCAAUGAAAAGUCCUGGAGUCUGGUCUGCUCUGGUAAAAAUUACUAUGCCAGGCAUAAUAAUGCAAGAACUGACAUACCUGCACCCUCAUUAUGUUCUAACAUAAUAGGAGUGUAUCUAGAUCAGCCAGAUGGCUCUUUGUCUUUUUACAGUGUUUCCUCUGAAACUGGUCAAAUGGUCCACAUUUACACCUUCCACUCCACAUUUACUGAGCCCCUCUGUGCAGGGUUUGGUGUUGGGGUUGACAGUGGAUCUUCAGUGUGUUUAUGUUAAAUACAGAAGCUGUGAAGCAGGCGUGUCAGACACUCAGACCAUGGGCCAAAUACAGCUUGUGAAGGAAAUAAAAUGAGAGUUUAGCUCUAACUCUAAUUAAACACCUGAACCAGCUAAUCAAGGUCUUCAGGAUUACUUGAAAACUAAAGGUACCGUAGGUACUAGAGCAAGUUUGAGCUGAACUCUGCAGG